UCUCGAUAAAGAGAAAAACUAAUAAUCGAAUCGAUAUUGUGAACAAGUGAAAGAUUUUUAGCAUCUUAAAGCUUAGUGUGAAUUCUUAUGAGAACAUUCAAGAAGUAAUUACAAGAAUCUUCAUCUGAUACAACUCCCAUCCUAAGACGAUUCUCGUUUACAAGCAAAGCUUAAUCACUGAAUAAUUAAUUAGGCAACAAAUUGUACAACAAUCGCUUUUCGAAUGUUCCAGAAAUGAUGAUACAGUCGAGGUGUAAAUUUAAAUUGAAGCGAAUAAGAAACGCUUUAAAUAGGAUUAUUUAUUCGUGUUUAACUUAUUCAACGCUUAUCAUAGGAUUAUUUUUAAUAUCACAUAGGAAUGUAUCGGCAUUUGAGCCUGAUUUCGUUUUUCCUUUGGAAAAUGUGACAGUCGCUCAAGGACGCGAUGCCGUGUUUACUUGUGUAGUCAAUAAUCUUGGCGGUUAUAGGGUGAGUGGAUCUGGAAGUGAGACGGGAACCCCAGCAAGGGUACGUAUCAGUUUUGUUGCAUGGAUAAAAGCAGACGCCAAAGCUAUUUUAGCGAUUCACGAGCAUGUCAUCACAAAUAAUGGACGGUUAUCAGUGACACACAAUGACUACAAUACGUGGACGUUGAACAUUAGAAAUGUAAAGAUGGAAGAUCGAGGACAGUACAUGUGUCAGGUGAACACAGAUCCAAUGAAAAUGCAGACUGCGUUUCUUGAAGUGGUCAUUCCGCCUGACAUCAUUUACGAAGAGACUUCCGGCGACAUGAUGGUGCCAGAAGGCGGAUCAGCUAAAUUAGUUUGUAAGUCUAGGGGCUUUCCAAAGCCAAAAAUAACGUGGAAACGUGAAGAUGGCCGUGAAAUUAUCGCUCGCAACGGUCCACAUGGUAAAACCAAAUCACUGAAUGUAGAAGGUGAAGUGCUUUCUUUAACGAAAAUAACGAGAUCAGAGAUGGGAGCUUAUCUUUGUAUUGCUUCCAACGGAGUACCACCAAGUGUAAGCAAGCGAAUGAAGCUGCAAGUGCAUUUUCAUCCACUGAUUCAGGUGCCUAACCAGCUCGUCGGCGCUCCGCUUUUAACGGAUGUCACAUUAAUUUGCAAUGUGGAAGCAUCACCGAAAGCUAUCAAUUAUUGGCAGCGCGAGAAUGGCGAAAUGAUUAUUACAAACGAUCGAUAUUUAAUGACAGAAACAGAGAACUCUAUGUAUGCUGUGCAGAUGACUUUAGUUGUUCGAAAGCUCCAGAAAUCUGAUAUGGGUGGAUAUAAAUGCAUUUCAAAAAACAGUAUUGGCGAUGCUGAAGGCACAAUACGACUUUAUGAAAUGGAAUUAUCGAAGAAGAAGACAAAUCGCUACAAUAAUUAUGACGACAUUAGUGGAGCUAAUGAUGAGGAUAACGAAGCUAUCCGAAGUGAAGAUCAAAACGAUGACAGUCUCUUUGGUACCAAUGGACGUUUGUACAAGGGUUUGCAAGGUGGUGAUACUAAUCUCAUUAACAAAGCGUCAACAUGUCACGUAGUUAUCUUAAUAUCCAUUUCAUCUACUUCAUUUAGUUUUAUUAUAUCAAAAAUACUGUCGAAUGUGUUAUAGUGAUAUUAAUUUAAAAGUUUAUUAAUUUAAAGAAACCUCUUUGUAAUGAUAAUUAAUAAAAUUCUGAUUAUUUGUUUCCCUGUGAAAAUUAAUCAUGAGAAAAAUUAUGAAUGCAGACAAGCUUCACUCUUUUCUUCAAAGAUCAGUAUCUUUAAGUAAUUAAUUGAGGAAAGUAUUUUCAAGUCGCUAAUUAAAACUUCAAGUCUGGGUUUUCACUUUAUUGUGAACAAAAGCACAAAAAAAGUGGAAACAUAAGAAAAAAAGGUCACAAACAUCGAAUUAAUUUUUAAUGUCCGCUUUCGGGAUCGCAUAACAAUUUUAAGGGGAUUGAUUUAUGUUGAACAAUUUCAAAGAGAAUAAAAAUCUUGUUUCAGUUCUCCUUUUAUUGCUCCCUUAGUAGCUUUUUGGUUCUUGUGUAAAUAUUUGAAAUUCUAAUCAAAGUUAAGAGCAUUUAAAUUUUUCAAAAUAAUGGAUAAUGCUCUGGCCACGACAUUUUUGAUACGACUUUAAAUUCAUUGAUAUAACUUAUACAUAAAUACGUAUUCUUAAACUAAAAAUGUAAAGCGUUAAGUCGUUAAAUUUUGUAAAUAUCAAGUAACAGUUGCAUUUGAUGCAAAACUCUACAGACUGCAAUGAGUCGAAUGUGUAAAUAGUUAAACAAUGAAAUAUAAGAUUAUGAAGCUUUUAAUGUGAGCAAAGUAAGAGCAAGGAAAAGGAAUGGAAUACGUAGUAGGAAACGUUUUUCAUUAUUAGAAAAGGAGAAGUUAUGCUUGCAUGAUGCAGCAUAAAAUUCAUUACAUUGUAAUUUACCCAAAUAUAUGCGCUUACUUAUUUCAAACAAUAAUGGCAAAGCUUUUAAUUUAUCUAGGGGAUACAUAUCAAGAAACAAAAUGAUUUUUGUUAUGAAAGGAACAAGCAAGAAAUUUCGGAACAUUCUUCAGACAUCUUUUUGAUAUUUUGCAGCAUUAAAACUUGAGAAACAAUAAUCGAAAGUGCCAAAGAUAACAAGCUAUCCAUGAUUGCAUUUUAUCAAAAGAUUUUUUUGUUUGUUUAUGGAAUUAACUUAGAAUUAAAAGGCGCUCUUCUCUGUUUAACAAACUUUCGUUACAAAUCGUUAAAUAAUUUAAAUGAAACUCUGUAAAUUUAUGGAUCUUUUGAUAUGAAUAAACAAAUGAAAAUCUAUUUUAGUUUCCGUAACCUCGACAACAUUCUUAGUUAGUGGCUACACAAUAAAAUAGACAAAGAAAUUAAUUACAAUUUCAUGCAAAAAGUUUUUAAUGAGAAAUCAAAAGUUAUAUAAUCUAAAUAAUAGCAAAAUGUUUCCAUUUAAUCAAAUUAAAAAGAAUAUCACAAUAAAGGUAUUUAGAUAUCUAAUUUUUUGUUGCUGUACAUAAUAGUUGUGGUAAAUAAAAUCAAUGUAAAUAAAGGAAAAAAAUAUUUAUC